GCAAUGAUCCAGAAUGUCGGAAGUCACCUGCGGAGGGGCCUCGCCUCUGUGUUCUCCAGCCGCACAUCCCGGAAGUCGGGCUCACGUGCCGGGGACAAGGACGGCGCCAUGGCCGAUGGCGAGGGCUACCGGAACCCCACGGAGGUGCAGAUGAGCCAGCUAGUGCUGCCCUGCCACACCAACCAGCGCGGCGAGCUGAGCGUGGGGCAGCUGCUCAAGUGGAUCGACACCACGGCCUGCUUGUCGGCGGAGAGGCAUGCUGGCUGCCCCUGUGUCACAGCCUCCAUGGAUGACAUCUAUUUUGAGCACACCAUUAGUGUUGGACAAGUGGUGAAUAUCAAGGCCAAGGUGAACCGGGCCUUCAAUUCCAGCAUGGAGGUGGGCAUCCAGGUGGCCUCCGAGGACCUGUGCUCCGAGAAGCAGUGGAACGUGUGCAAGGCCUUGGCCACCUUUGUGGCCCACCGGGAGAUUGCCAAGGUGAAGCUGAAGCAGAUCAUGCCUCGCACAGAGGAGGAGAAGAUGGAACACAGUGUGGCGGCCGAGCGUCGGCGCAUGCGCUUGGUCUACACGGACACCAUCAAGGACCUCCUGGCCAAUUGCGCCAUUCAGGACGAUCUGGAGAACAGAGACUGCAGCCACAUGGUACCUGCCGAGAAGACUCGUGUGGAGAGUGUGGAGCUGGUCCUGCCCCCCCACGCUAAUCACCAGGGCAACACCUUUGGGGGCCAGAUCAUGGCCUGGAUGGAGAACGUGGCCACCAUCGCAGCCAGCCUGCUCCCAUCCUGCCCACCCCGGCUGGGUCGGGAACUCUUCCUCUGGACUCCCCAGCCCCUGUGCCUCCUGCUGUCUUGGAUGGCGGGUCCAGCAGGGAAGCCGCCCUCCUUCCCCCCCAGCAUGGAGGUGGGCGUGUGCGUGGAGGCCUAUCGCCAGGAGGCCGAGACCCAGCGGCGACACAUCAACAGUGCCUUCAUGACCUUCGUGGUCCUGAACGCAGACGACCAGCCCCAGCUGCUGCCCUGGAUUCGGCCCCAGCCUGGGGACGGUGAGCGGCGGUACCGAGAGGCCAGCGCCAGGAAGAAGAUUCGCCUGGACAGGCGAUACAUCGUGUCCUGUAAGCAGACGGAGAUGCCCCUCUCUGUCCCCUGGGACCCUAGCAACCAGGUGUACCUGAGCUACAACAACGUCUCCUCCCUGAGGAUGCUCGUGGCCAAGGACAACUGGGUGCUGUCCUCAGAGAUCAGUCAGGUCCGCCUAUAUACUCUGGAGGAGGACAAGUUCCUCUCCUUCCACAUGGAGAUGGUGGUGAACGUGGAUGCAGCCCAGGCCUUCUUGUUGCUCUCGGACCUGAGACGCAGGCCAGAGUGGGACAAGCACUGCCGGAGCACACAUUCCGAGUAUUUCCAUAAGCAGGAUCUGCGUACUUGGAAAUUCAGUGCGCAGGUGUCCUACUACAGCCAGGCCACCCCGGGCUUUCUCAAGUAUGUGACCACCAACGUGGCUGGCCUCUCCUCUGAGUUCUACACCACCUUCAAGGCUUGCGAGCAGUUCCUCCUGGAUAACCGGAACGACCUGGCCCCUAGCCUCCAGACCCUCUAAGGGCGCCAGGGCCACAUCCCGUCCACUCCCACGCCACCCUGCCCCAAGAAUUCACGGACAGUUCAUGGAGGAAG